AGUCCAUGCAGCACGGCACCUGUUUGUACCAACCCGGAAUGCCUAGUUUGUGCCCAUCAACGACGGACCGUUUGAGAGAGAGAAAGAGAGAGAUAGAGAGAGAGGGAGAGAGAGAGAGAGAGAGAGAGAGAGAGAGAGAGAGAGAGAGAGAGAGAGAGAGAGAGAGAGAGAGAGAGAGAGAGAGAGAGAGAGAGAGAGAGUUGACUAGCCACAUAGGCUAAAUCUGGACGACAAGUAACAGCGGCAAAGACUAGACAG